GAGAGAGACAGACAGACAUGCAUACUUAGGGGUGUGUCUUAGACAAUUAGUUCCUCAAGGAAGUACAACUCAGAUUAUCUUGAAACAGAGUGACGAGCAGAUCAGAGAAUUUCUUUGAAGGUUUUUGCGUGGUUCCAUCCUUGCUUAAGGAGAGCAUUGUUUAAAAACAAAAAAAACCCUGGAUGUUGAUCACCUGAGCUGCACACACAAGGAGGACAGAGACUUGACCGAGAGGAGGGAGGGAACGAAAAGAAAAAGCAGAAAUGGAGAACUUCAACUCCAAAGACUUCGCUAUGAAAGCCCAGAAGAAGAUUCUCAGCAAUAUGGCCAACAAGUCAGUCAUGCAGAUGUUCAUUGAUGACACCAGCAGUGAGAUCCUAGAUGAGCUGUACCGUGUCUCAAAGCAGUACACAGGGAACCGCACAGAGGCCCAGAAAGUGAUUAAGGACCUGGUUAAAAUCGUUGUGAAGGUUGCUGUGCUUUUUAAGCACAACCGUUUCAGUGAGGAUGAGCUCCGCUUAGCCCAGACCUUCAAGAAAAAAUUACACAUGGGAGCCAUGACGGUCAUCAGUUUCCAUGAGGUGGAGUUCACCUUUGACAAGGCAGUGAUGGCAGAGAUCCUUAACUCAUGUAGAGACAUGAUGCUCAAGCUUGUAGCUGUUCAUCUCACACCGAAAUCCCACGGACGCAUCAACCAUGUCUUCAACCAUUACUCCGACCCUGAAUUUCUCACCCAGCUUUACAAUCCAAGUGGUCCCUUCAAGUCCCACCUCAGUAAAAUCUGCAAUGGACUCAACAAACUGAUCGAAGAGGGCACAUUAUGAGAGUGUGGUGCCAGUGGGACUCGAUACAGUAUUUUCUUUAAAGAAACCAACAAGGUGCUGGACUAGAAAGCAAGGCAAGAAUUGUAAACUCAGCACACACACAAGGUCAUUAACUCACUGAUGGCAGCCUCUUCAAGUUCAAGUUUUUGUAUGGUAUAUUUCACCAAUGGUCUCUUCUUAUGAUAAGAAUCAUAUUUCACGCCAUUGCUGGCAGCACAGAGAAAUAAUCAGUUUUAAUUCUUGUUCUCCAACGAGUGACAGUCAUAUCAGCAAAAGUGUUUUGAUAUGAGACAUUUGUGGAUGGCUUUCUUUGAUCAAUAAGCACCAUAUUCACAUCCACUUUUCUGUAAACCAGUCCACCACCACCACCCCCCAAAGUAACACUUAUCUUAAAAGCUUUGUGAAUGUUUUCCAGUAAAGGAAAAAUAAUUGAAAGAAUUAUAAGUAGUGAAGGAAAGAAGGCAAAUUCAUUUUUACAAUCAUAACCAUGAUUUAAAAAAAUUAAAUAAAUUUUUUUUUAUAUUUUUAUUUUCACCAUAAUAAAAAAGGGAUUUCAUAAUAAAUACCAGUACUGAAA